GAGGCAGAGGAGUUGUGUGAUCAGUUGCCUCCCCACGUCUCAUGGAUAAACCCUUUGUGCCACGUCAGCUCCCCUGCUCUUCACAAACAUUUUUAUUUCCCACCAUUUUCCUCCCAAAAUAAUAAUCCCUUUUUUUAUCUUCUCUUCCCAAACACUCUAACUUGAAAUUUCUCACUAAGGUGAUGUCGUUGAAGCUCCAGCAUCAUAAUCUUCCUUCCUCUAGUUCUUCUAGUCCAUGGCCUUCAGUUAAAGCAGUGAGAAGCUAUUAUUUCAGCAGGAAAGCAGUAGGCUUGGAUCACCUGAUAUACAAUCAAUGCAAUACAAGGAGGAGAUGCCACACAAAACUUUAUUUGUUACCGGGUGGAAAUCGUGAUCUUAUUUGCAUAUUACCUGAUUCUAUGAAACGUAGGAUUAAUUCUCGAACAUCGAGGAUAUUACACCUAUUGCCUUUUGCUUCUGCUGAGGAUGGGGUGUCAGUUAAUGGCAGUCCCAGACCAACUACUAGCAGUGAUAUGGGGGAAAUGAGACUAAAACUAGAUCUAUCUGUGCAAGAUGAAGAGAACGCUUCUGGACUUGUCCAAUCACUGCAUGAUGCUGCAAGAGUAAUUGAGCUGGGAAUUAGACAACAAGGCUCAUCAUCCAGGGUAUCCUGGUUUUCAACUGCCUGGUUGGGAGGUGACAGAACUGGUUGGAUCAAGGUGCUAUCUUAUCAGGCAUCUGUAUAUUCUAUACUUCAAGCAGCAAAUGAGAUUUCAUCUCGAGGAGAUGAAAGAGAUAAUGAUAUCAACGCUUUCACGCAGAGGAGUUUAUCGAGGCAAUCUGCUCCUUUGGAGAGCGUGAUUAGAGAUAGUUUAUCAGCCAAGCAACCUGAAGCUUAUGAUUGGUUUUGGUCCGAACAAAUUCCAGCAGUGGUUACCACCUUUGUGAAUUAUUUUGAGAAGGAUCAGCGAUUUGCUUCUGUUACUGCAGUGACCCGAAAACAAACAUCUUUGUCUCCUGGAAAUGCGAGUGAUGUAUCACUCCUUAUGCUUGCACUCAGUUGCAUUGCAGCGAUUAUGAAACUUGGUGCUGCAAAACUGUCAUGUCCACAAUUUUCAUCUCUUAUUCCAGACACACUUGGAAGAUUGAUGGACAUGCUUGUCGAAUUUAUUCCUUUCCGACAGGCUUAUCAUUCUGUGAAGCCUAUUGGUCUGCGCAGAGAAUUUCUUGUCCACUUUGGUCCCAGAGCUGCAGCAUGUAGAGUACAAAAUGAUUCAGGAACUGAAGAGGUUAUAUUCUGGGUGAGUCUUGUCCAAAAGCUGCUUCAACGAGCUAUAGAUCGAGAGAGAAUAUGGUCCAGACUCACUACAAGUGAGAGUAUCGAGGUUCUGGAAAAGGAUCUGGCUAUAUUUGGUUUCUUUAUUGCUUUGGGAAGAAGCACAAAGGCUUUUCUUUCUGAAAAUGGAUUUGAUACCCUUGAUGAGCCGAUUGAAGAAUUAAUUAGGUAUCUAAUUGGGGGCAGCGUACUAUAUUAUCCUCAACUUGCAUCAAUAAGCUCUUAUCAACUGUAUGUGGAGGUUGUGAGUGAAGAGCUAGACUGGCUUCCUUUUUAUCCAGGCAUUACUGCUAAUAGCAUUCGCACUAUUAGGCACAAAAGCAAACAAGAAGUUCCUCCAAAUUUAGAAGCUAUCCCUCUAGUAUUAGAUGUGUGCUCUUACUGGAUCCAGAGUUUCAUCAAAUACAGUAAAUGGCUGGAGAACCCUUCUCAUGUCAAGGCAGCAAGAUUUCUUUCAACUGGGCAUAACAAGCUUAAGAAGUGCAGGGAAGAUCUAGGAAUUGAGAAGACUCGCGUGGGAGCUCAUUCACAGAUCAAGAAAGAAACAGAUUCCUUUGAUAAGGCACUGGAGAGUGUUGAAGAGGCUCUGGUAAGGCUAGAGGUAUUGCUUCAGGAGCUGCACAUGUCAAGCGCUAGUUCACAGAAGGAGCACUUGAAAGCAGCCUGUUCUGAACUUGAAAGGAUACGAAGACUUAAAAAAGAGGCUGAAUUUCUUGAGGUUUCGUUUAGAACAAAGGCUGCUUUCCUACAGCAGGAGGAUGAUGCUACUAUGUCUACACCAUCAAGCAGUGACAAACAACAGUUCUCUGAACAGGACAACAAGGGCGGUCGAAAUCGGAGUGGGAACAACAGGAUACAGGGCCUAUGGAGCUUCGUAGGACGUCGGCCUAGCAAAUCAUCAGACCAGGCAUCAUCAACUGCUAAUGAUAUUGGUGAUGAUGGCUCUAAACAGCCAUCAGAGAGUACAGGCAUUAUGGAUUCAAAUUCAAAUGAAGUUCGAAGGUUUGAACUACUAAGAAGUGAGCUAAUGGAACUGGAGAAGCGGGUUCAAAAAAGUGCUGAUCAAUAUGAAUAUGUAGAGGAGGAAAGUCAGAAGGCAGAUCGCACUUCGACAUAUGCUGCAGGAGCUGGAAGAACUCAAUUGGUUCUUCAGAAGAAAAAGGAGAAUGUUAUUGAGAGAUCAUUAGACAAACUGAAAGACACUAGCACGGCUGAGAGCAGUGCCUGCUCCCUUGUAUUUAGGCGGCCUCUCAGAGUAAUAAGGAUUUUCCGUGUCCAGGAUGUUUGGCAAGGAACUCAGCUUCUCGCUAUCGAUGUUGCUGCAGCUUUAGGGCUACUUCGGAGGUCGAUAGUAGGGGAUGAGUUGACAGAAAAAGAGAAGCAAGCAUUGCGGAGAACUUUAACUGACUUGGCAUCAGUGGUACCUAUUGGAUUUCUUAUGCUUCUCCCUGUUACAGCAGUUGGGCAUGCUGCUAUGUUGGCUGCAAUUCAAAGAUAUAUACCAUCUCUGAUACCUUCUACAUAUGGAUCGGAGAGGCUAGGCCUCCUAAGGCAGCUUGAGAAAGUCAAGGAAAUGGAAACUGAGGUGAAUCCAACUGAAAAGGCUGAUGAAUAGCCCAGGUCAAAGCAUACGAAAACAGCUAGUCAUAUUGUGCUACCAUCAAAUUCAUUUCAACUUGGUUCUAAAUCCAUUCAACAGUAGAUGGGCAUAAAGAAGUUCAUUCCAAGUGUCUGGCACUCCCGGGAGGCACCAGUGGCUGCAGUCUUGCGGUGCACCAACCGGGGUGCCGGGUUCACGAUGUUCUGAAGGGUGGCCAUCUUUCCUGUACUCACUUAGAUAUGUGAUGUUUAGGAAGGUCAUAUUUCUUCUUGUAUUUUGCAUUUGUGCGACUACCUCAGAAAUGAAUAUAUUGUUGAUUGGCUCUUUCUCCA